AUGGCCGACUCGAACUCUACACCAGCGCUGUACAAGCUGCCCUUGGAGUUGGUUUCUGCCAUCAGUUCUUUUUCCGAUGUCUCAAGUCUGAAUUCCAUUUCCAGAGCCUCAAAGGUCUGCCGACAGCUUUUUGCUCCGUAUCUGCUUGAGAAAGUUUGGUUUGACGGUUGCCAAGCCUCCCUCACAUGCCUCUUGCGCGGGUUUCUCCUGAACCCAACCGAUGCCCCAGUUAUCGGCCUGAGGAAUCAUAUCAAAUGCGCGAGCAUUAUUGUUCACUCGAGCCCCGCCACCUGGAGAAAAGCAGCCAAUUCCUUCCGAGAAGUUGAGGGACUGCCGAUGCAGAUUCUUGAUUCAAUCCAGUUGAUGGGCAACCUUCAUACUCUGGCUCUCGAUCUCGAAUCGCUCCCUAUCGAUCAAACAAUAGACCUAGCCAAAGCCUUGGAAUCGACAGUGCCGUGGCGACUUCGACACCUUAGAGUUGCCUGCCACAGGCUGCUCGGCCCGGCUGUCAUCGAACAUUGCUGUCCCGACACGCUCAAGAUUCUGCAGAUGUCCGAAAACACUGAGUCUGAAGAAUAUGCUGCUGCAGCCAAGCAUUGCAAGGGACUCGAAAGGCUCCGGGUCUACGCCGAGUCCAGCCACUGGUGGUGGGCCUCCUUGGAAAAAAUUACCACACACUUUGCGCACCUCCAGUGGCUGGUGUUUUCUGAAUGCCGACAGUAUUAUUUUCAUCAUGAUCAUGACCGAGGCAUCCUCAUUUCUGAUGAGUCUGUUUAUGUCAGUAUUUAUCUGGAUAUGGUGGCUCCUUUCCUUGCCUGGCCCGUAUAA